ACCACCACUUUCUGUUUCCCUCGGUCACAAUCCAUUUCCAUUUUCUCUUCCUCUUCCUUCCUUCCUUCUUCUUCGCCUAUGGAGCCCGUUAACGCUUGGGGAAACACUCCGCUCAAAACCAUCGACCCAGAAAUCCAGGACCUCAUCGAGAAGGAAAAGCGCCGGCAAUGUCGCGGCAUCGAGCUCAUUGCCUCCGAAAAUUUCACCUCCUUUGCCGUCAUAGAGGCUCUAGGCAGUGCCUUGACCAACAAAUACUCUGAGGGUAUGCCCGGAAAUCGCUACUAUGGCGGGAACGAGUUCAUCGAUGAAAUUGAGAACCUGUGCCGGUCACGUGCUCUCCAAGCCUUUCGCUUGGAUCCCGCCAAGUGGGGCGUCAAUGUGCAGCCUUACUCUGGUUCUCCGGCGAAUUUCGCCGCCUACACGGCGGUGCUGGAACCACAUGAUCGCAUAAUGGGUUUGGAUCUUCCCUCAGGUGGUCAUUUGACUCAUGGGUAUUAUACUGCCGGAGGGAAGAAGAUUUCUGCGACCUCGAUUUACUUCGAGAGCCUGCCUUAUAAGGUGAAUUCAAGUACUGGUUAUCUUGAUUAUGACAAAUUGGAGGAGAAGGCCUUAGAUUUUAGGCCUAAAUUGAUCAUUUGUGGUGGAAGCGCCUACCCAAGGGACUGGGAUUAUGCAAGGUUCAGGGAGGUUGCUGAUAAGUGUGGAGCUCUUUUGCUCUGUGAUAUGGCUCACAUUAGUGGUCUUGUUGCUGCUCAGGAGGCUAAUAACCCAUUUGAGUAUUGUGACUUAGUCACAACAACGACCCACAAGAGUCUGAGAGGUCCUAGAGCUGGUAUGAUCUUUUACCGAAAGGGGCCAAAACCACCCAAGAAGGGCCAGCCUGAGGGUGCAGUUUAUGACUUUGAAGACAAGAUCAACUUUGCUGUCUUCCCAUCACUUCAAGGUGGUCCUCACAAUCACCAGAUCGGCGCUCUCGCCGUUGCGCUGAAACAGGCCAUGUCACCUGGCUUUAAGGCCUAUGCCAAGCAAGUUAAGGCAAAUGCAGUCGCCAUUGGAAAUUACUUGAUUGGCAAAGGCUACAGCAUUGUCACCGGAGGAACUGAGAAUCAUCUUGUAUUGUGGGAUCUCCGGCCUCUCGGUUUGACUGGCAAUAAGGUGGAAAAAGUUUGUGAUCUCUGCAACAUCACCGUGAACAAAAAUGCUGUCUUUGGUGAUAGCAGUGCCUUGGCUCCUGGCGGAGUAAGAAUUGGAGCUCCAGCCAUGACAUCUAGAGGAUUGCUUGAGAAGGACUUUGAGAAGAUUGGGGAGUUCCUUCACCGUGCAGUCUCUCUCACACUGGAAAUCCAAAAGGAGCAUGGCAAGCUUUUGAAGGACUUCAACAAAGGAUUGGUGAACAAUAAAGCUAUCGAAGAACUCAAAGCUGAUGUUGAAAAAUUUUCAUCCUCAUUUGAUAUGCCUGGCUUUCUGGUCUCAGAGAUGAAGUACAAGGACUAAGUUGGAUCAUAGAAUUCUCCACUGAAUGUUGUCUUCCUAUUCUGUGUUUCUUGUAGGUUGGCUGUGUUUUAUCAUCAUCAUUCCCCCCCCCCCCCCAAAAAUUUAUGUUGAAGCUCUGUCUUGUCUUUGAUUUCUUGUUAUGUAUGCCAAAUAUCAUGUUUUCAUUUAACAAGCAGAGCAAAAAUGUAGUUUAGAUGCAAAUGGGUUUUAGGAAGUUGGAAAAUAUUUCGGGUUCGAAUUGUUAUUUUGUUAUGCAAUAAGAAAAAGUUCAAAUAUUUUAGGCAAAA